AUGGAGCACAUUAUUAACGUCACCGAGGUCCAAAGCGCGAAAGCUGCAUCAAACCAUCGCAUCGAGCCAAGUACGCAGGACAAGAUUGGUUCCCCGGCGAUCUCCCAAUUCAAUCAGGACUACUCUCGGCUCUCAUCAAACAGCCCAGAGCCAUGCCUACCGCCCAGACAGGAGCCUCAGCCUUCUCCUUUUGAAGUUCGGAAAUUUGCCAACCCUGCUCCGCUAGGUCUAUGUGCAUUUGCGCUCACAUCGUUCCUCUCGAAUUGCAUCAACCUCAAUGUGGGAGGUAUACAGGCAGCAGGUGUCAGUGUUUCUCUCGCUUUGAAUUAUGGCGGCAUAGCCCAGGUGUUGGCUGGCAUGUGGGAAAUGGCGAUAGGAAAUACUUUUGGAGCGACAUCGUUCUGUUCUUACGGUGCCUAUUGGAUCACCUUUUCUCUGAUCUCAACUUUUGAUACUGCCGAUGCUACACAAGCUGUGGCAGAUUCAGUAUGUCAGAAUGAGACCUUGAUGGGCCUGUUCAUGCUGGCCUGGUUCAUCUUCACUACCCUGAUGCUUGUAUGCACGCUCAGAUCUAGCCUUGCGAUGUUCUCUCUAUUCUUUUUCCUGGACAUGAACUAUCUCCUACUCGGCAUUUCGCACAUUCAAUGCAGCUCGCAUGGCGAGACGCUGAUUGCAGUCCAGAAGGCAGGCGGGGUUUUUGGCCUUUUAGCUGCGUUUUCGGCUUGGUAUAAUGCCUUCGCUGGUAUUUGUGAUUCCAGUAAUGGCUUUUUCACGGUUCCUCUUGGCCAUUUUCCUUGGUCUCCGGCUGCCCAUCUUCAUCGCGCUAAAGCUAAAGAGGUAUGA